UUCGCCGCGUGUGUCUCGCUCCGUGUUAGCGCAAGCUGUCCCGUCUGCUCCUGUCGCGAGCUGGUUGAAACCGAAGUCGAGAACACAGAAGUGCUGCAAGCUGAUUGUAGCAAUAGUUGUAGUUGCAAUAAUUGUACUUCGACUCCUUUUUUAAUUUGUUCCUGAGCAGCCGUUUUUUUUUAGUGAAAAUGGUUGACGUACAACUUCUUCAGGAUGUGGCCAACCGCCUGCGCGUGCUCUCCAUCCAAAGCACAAAUGCCGCGAACUCAGGACAUCCGACAACAUGUACGUCGAUGGCCGAAGUAUUGUCGGUCUUAUUCUUCGAUGAGAUGCAUCAAAGCCUUGCCGAACCGCGAUGUCCCUCUAGUGAUAGGCUUGUCCUUUCCAAAGGACACGCGGCUCCCAUUUUGUAUGCCGCGUGGGCUGUUGCUGGCCUUUUCCCUGAGGAAAAGUUGAUGGACUUGCGCAAAUAUGACAGCGACCUCGAAGGGCACCCAACACCUAGGCUCAACAUAAUCGACGUUGCCACUGGAUCGCUGGGCCAGGGAUUGAGCUGCGCGGCUGGAAUGGCUUACACCGCAAAACAUUUCGACAAGAUGGACUACCGGGUUUACUGCAUCCUGGGUGAUGGUGAAGCAGCCGAAGGCGCCGUAUGGGAGGCGAUGAACUUCUGUCAGCACUACAAGCUUGACAACCUUGUUGCCAUCUUUGAUGUAAACCGACUCGGCCAGAGCGGACCCACCUGUUUACAACACCAAACCGACAUUUACAAGGCUCGAUGCGAGGCCUUUGGCUUUCACACAAUCGUAGCUGAUGGCCACUGUGUGAAGGCCAUUCAGGCUGCAUUUGCCGAAGCUAAGGCUACAAAAGGGAAACCAACAGCCCUUGUAUUGAAAACUUUCAAGGGUUCUGGAAUCGAAGGUAUUGAGGACAAAGAAAAUUGGCACGGAAAGCCUAUUGGUGACAAGGCCGAGUCUGCUAUUAAGGUGAUCGAGUCUAAGAUGAAGAAUACUAGGCCGACCAACGUACCCAUGAAGGCUCCCAAGCCCGUCACUACAGAAGCCUUAGGGUUGAUUAAACUCAACGAGCCUCCUGCGUACAGUAUCGGGGAAAAGAUCGCCACACGAAUGGCAUACGGGACUGCUUUAGAGAAGCUCGGAGCCAACAACAAUCGUGUAAUAGCUCUCGAUGCUGACAUGAAGAAUUCGACGUUUUCUGAGAAGUUCAAGAAAGCUUACCCAGAUCGUUUCGUUGAGUGCUUUAUUGCCGAACAAAACCUUAUUGGUGUGGCCAUUGGGUGUGGUACCCGCCAACGGACUGUUCCCUUUGUGUCGACCUUCGGGGCCUUCUUUACGCGUGCCUUCGACCAAAUCCGCAUGGGCGCUAUCUCCCAGGCAAACAUCAAAUGUGCCGGAUCCCAUUGCGGUGUCUCUAUCGGCGAAGACGGACCUUCGCAAAUGGCGCUCGAAGAUAUCGCUAUGUUCCGCUCAAUCCCCAAUUCACUCGUCUUCUACCCAUCGGAUGCUACAUCGACGGAACGCGCAUGUGAACUUGCUGCAAACUACAAUGGAAUUGUUUUCAUCCGAACCACUCGACCCGUUACAGCCGUUAUAUAUGACGCCUCAGAAACCUUCAAACCUGGCCAGUCAAAGCUUGUCAGGAAGUCGUCAUCUGAUAAGGUCCUUGUUAUCGGAGGAGGUGUCACGCUCCAUGAAGCUUUGGCAGCAGCGGAACUCCUUUCGGCUGAUGGAGUUAACAUUCGUGUCAUGGACAUUUUUUCGAUAAAACCCAUUGAUAAACAGGGUAUCUUGGAGAAUGCUGCUCAGUGCGGCAAUAAGGUGAUCGUCGUUGAAGACCACUAUGAAGAGGGCGGAAUCGGUGAGGCUGUCUCACAUGUGCUUGCGGAAGCGGGCGGCGUAACCUUCCGUCACCUUUGUGUGCGUGGAGUUCCCCGGUCAGGCGCACCCGCUGUUCUCUUAGACGCGUUUGGCAUUUCUGCCAAAACCAUUAUUCGGAGUGUGCGCGACCUCUAAACGAUAGCCGUGUCUCCUUCCCGGCUAUUCGACACAUUGGCCCGUGUUCCUGCGCGAUUAUCCUCCACAAAUACGGCAUAGAAAUAUCUACUGUAAUUAUACUAAUUAAAAGAAAAACAACUGAGACAUUGGCCACACGAGACAUGCGGUUGUGACACAAAGUGCUUUAAACCGCUUGGUGUUGAACUUCUAAUGCUAUACAGUAUAGACAUAUACAUGACAUAAUUAGCAAUUCGUUUCAGGUGGUGCCCAAGGUGCUGCCAUGCUGAACUAUAUUAAGCAUGUCUGGUGUGUACAUGUUGGCAUCAGAAUUGAAGUGUAUUAACUGUCUGGACAUAAUCAGAGCAAAAAUCUUUCUCAAAAAACGCAACUACUGGGAAAAACCAAAAAAAAUACAUUGUUUCUGCAACACUCUGCAAGGGCUUUGAAAAUGCUGCCAGUCUUGCGCCUUGGCGUUAGAACAAAAUGUUCAAACGAUACUUCUGACCUAUCUUUAAAUUACUGAGCUGAAUUUUCUUCAAUAAAGCUACUAUUAGUGAUGCGAUUAAAUAUCAAUCACAAUGUAACGGCUAGUAUGUUUCUUGUAAGUUUAUCGUAGCGUAUUUAUGGACAAAAGAAUCCCCUAAAUUUCUAUGCUAAAAUAACUCUAUUCCAUGUUCAAAAUUGACGUUUCAUGUAUAAUGUUUGUCACUUGAUAGCACAACUGGGAUAGAAAAGCGGAUUAGGAUUACAAUCUGUGCCUUUUAAAACAUUGAUAAUAUCGAACUUGAUGGUUUGAUCGUAUCUUAUAAUUCACUCGAUGUCGAUUCUGCGUCUUUGAACUCUCAGUUCCGUCUGCUCACCUACCAGAAAUUGCUGGAUAAUCAAAAUCACGCUUUAUAGAUAAGGGUUGUCACAACAUUGACUUUACUCUUUUGCAUGACAAAGCGUAUUUCGUCAUGGGAUGAUCCGUCUUUUAUAUAUGAGAAUAAAGGUGCCACUGUUGUAAUAAAUGGAAAUUUUCGUUUUUAAAGGA